CGUAGGAUUUAGUAAUAGAGCAUUAGAACUGAUAGCGGAUUCAUACACGAAUCUGAAGUAUCUCAAUCUAUGCGAUGAUUGGUCAGGUGGCUUUAGGGGCUUUCGUGCUCGAGAGAUGGAUGAUGAAGGUCUAACUGCAAUCACAGAUUCAUGUUAUAAAUUAGAAUAUCUAAAUAUUUCUAAUCGCACAGAGUUUUCUGAAAUAUCAAUUUAUAAUCAGAUGCGUCAGCAACAUAGAGCUGGUGAAAGAAUAUUAACCCCAGAAUGGUGGUACUCUACCGAUCUAAGUAUGCGAGAUAAUCGGAUGCGCCGGCGACAUAGAGCUA